AGUGAAGUCCAGCUCUCUCGUGCCAAAAGCGUCUACUCUGGCGUUGGGCCCCUUGAGGUUCAGUAGAGUGACAUUUAGUAUGUCUUCGACAGAGUUCCGGGUGCUGAACUCCCUGAUUUCUUCACGCGUCAAAAGGAACGGGCCAAGGGUGGGAGAGUGGUGUCUGAGGGUGGGAUGGAAAGGCAGUUCUGAUCCGGAGGACGGUGGCCUAGAGGGUCGGGAAGACCCACUCACUGCAAGACAAUCCGCGAGCAGGGCACAGCAAUCCCUGCAGAGCUAGCCUAAUCGCGUGGGGUCGGACAACAGCUUUCCAGCAGGAGGCGCUAAACUACUGCAAGCCGGCUUCGGGCACCGCAUGGGAACCAGACUUUGCAGCAUCCAACAAGCAUCUCCGGGAAGCAGUAGUAAGGGAUACAGGAAGACCGAACUUGGAUCACUCUGAGGGCAGCUCGGAGAAAAGAUGGAUCAUGUGAGUGGGACUGAGAGGUUUAUGGAGCCGAGCUCUUGUGGCUGUAAAUCAUUCUGCCCUCUCCGGUAUAAAGCACUGGUCCAGCCCGGCGUGGGAGAGAGGAGACGCUCGCUGCCCCUUGACCCCCAACUUGGUGUUGGCUCCCGGUGCAGCCAGUGAUCCCUUCAACCUCCUCCAGCCGCCCCACCAUGUCGGAGGAGCUGGUCCCGCAUCCCAAGGAGAGCCUGCCGGGACCUCGGGCAAGCCCCCGCGAGGUGUGGAAAAAGGGCGGCCGCCUACUGUCGGUGCUGUUGGCUGUCAACGUGCUGCUGCUCGCCUGCACGCUCAUCAGCGGCGGUGCCUUCAACAAGGUGGCCGUGUAUGACACCGACGUGUUCGCGCUGCUCACCACCAUGAUGCUCCUGGCCGCGCUGUGGAUAGUCUUCUAUCUCCUCCGCACUGCGCGCUGUCCGGAUGCCGUGCCCUACCGGGACGCGCAUGCCGGCCCCAUCUGGCUCCGAGGUGGGCUUGUGCUGUUUGGGAUUUGUACCCUUGUCAUGGAUGUCUUCAAGACUGGUUACUACUCCAGUUUCUUUGAGUGCCAGUCGGCCAUCAAGAUCCUGCACCCCAUCAUCCAAGCUGUGUUUGUCAUUGUCCAGACUUACUUUCUCUGGGUCUCUGCUAAAGACUGUAUCCACACCCACCUGGACCUGACCCGGUGUGGGCUCAUGUUCACCCUCACCACCAACCUGGCCAUCUGGAUGGCAGCUGUCGUGGAUGAGUCCGUGCACCAGGCCCACUCCUACAGCAGCUCUCUCGGCAACACCAGCCACACCCGCCUCGCCCCUGACCCAGAGCGUGCAGGCGGCACAGCUGGAGGAGACCCGUGCUCCUGCAGCACAGCCAUCUGCCAGAUCUUCCAGCAAGGCUACUUCUACCUAUAUCCCUUCAACAUCGAGUACAGCCUCUUCGCUUCUACCAUGCUGUACGUCAUGUGGAAGAACGUGGGCAGACUGCUUGUGUCCACCCAUGGCCACGGCCACAUACCGUCCAGGGUCAGCCUCUUCCGGGAGACCUUUUUCGCUGGUCCAGUCUUGGGCCUGCUACUCUUUGUUGUGGGCCUGGCUGUCUUCAUCCUCUAUGAGGUCCAGGUGAGUGGAGAGAGAGGCCAUACCCAGCAGGGCCUGGUCACCUACUACAGCUUCAACAUCGUCUGUUUGGGGCUCAUGACUUUGGUCAGCCUGAGUGGCUCAGUCAUCUAUCGUUUUGAUCGUCGGGCCAUGGACCACCAUAAAAACCCAACACGUACCCUGGAUGUAGCCCUGCUAAUGGGUGCCGCCCUGGGCCAGUAUGCCAUCUCCUACUACUCCAUUGUGGCCGUGGUGGUGGGCUCACCCAGGGACCUGCUGGGGGCACUCAAUCUGUCACAUGCUCUGCUCAUGAUUGCCCAGCACACCUUCCAGAAUGUGUUCAUCAUUGAAAGCCUCCACCGAGGACCGCCUGGGGCUGAGCCUUGUGAAACGCCCCCCAAGGAGCCCUGCCAAGGCAUCACCUUUGCCAACCUGGAUGCCAUUCACACCUUGCCCUCCUGCCCACCCACCCCCAGGCUGGUCAGCCCCAACCCAGAAAGUCCCCAGGAAGCAGUGGCCAUCAUCUCAGCCCCCAGGUGCCAUUGGCGACGUCGGUGCCUAAAAGACAUCUCUCUGUUUCUUCUACUCUGCAACGUCAUUCUAUGGAUCAUGCCUGCCUUCGGCGCCCGCCCACACUUCAGCAAUACCGUGGAGGUAGACUUUUACGGUUACUCCCUUUGGGCGGCCAUCGUCAACAUCUGUCUGCCAUUUGGCAUCUUCUACAGAAUGCAUGCUGUCUCCAGUCUGCUGGAGGUCUAUGUGCUGUCCUGAAGCGCCACACAGAAACAGGACAGAGGAACCCCAGCUCCUCUGGGAGUGAAUUGGGCUGGCACUCACUCCCUGCCUGCCUGAAACUAGACUUUUCAUCGAAGUUUAUUUUUCCAGGAUGAAUUUUUAAAUCAAAAUUGAGACGUGUCCAUCUACUCCUGCAUGAUCCUGGAGCCUGGGGAGACCCAGGCAGGGAAAUGAGUCCCUGCAAGCAUUCCCUAGGACCAGACAGGAUCUGGAAAUGUGGUCUCUGGCUCUAUCACUAAUCCCAGUCAUGUGGCCUGUGCACUGUCUGGAGCUAGGAACCAAUAAACCUGCAACCACA